AUGGCACAAGUUGCAGAGGUUUUUCGAAGAGUUUGGAGCAAGUCUGACCAAGCAUGGAAGAGAGAAAGCAUCAGCUUACUGGCCAAGCCCAUGCUCGAUACGGGCGGCCCAAGACUUGGAUCUAUGGGAGCAGUUUUCAUCAUGCUCAAAUCUGGGCUUGGUGCGGGACUUCUCAAUUUCCCUUGGGCUUUCGAGAAAGCCGGGGGAAUUCGCACUGCAGUCGCCGUGGAAAUGGUUAGUGACUUUAUUAACCCUAACCCCAACCUGGUCUCAGAGCAUUUCGUAUUAUUCUGUACGUAAAUCCGAGACACUCAGCUAACCCUUCCCCUUUAACCUAACUCCUAAACUUAACCCUACUUUUAACCCUAACCCCUAGCCUAGCUAACGUUAACAAGCUAGUUGACAUUAGCCACCUAGCUAGAAUUCGUAACAUAUCAUGUGUUUUGCAAAUUCGUAACAUAUUGUACGUUUAGAUAAUUAGUAACAUAUUGUACAUUUUGCAAAUUUGUAACAUAUAAUACUAAUUGUAAUUAGUAACAUAUCAUACACAAUGGGUGAUGGACAUCUACAAAUUAAUACAUACCAUAUAAAACGUAGCAUAUCAUACUAAAUGGAGUGUCUCAGAUGUACCUACAUAAUAAUACUAAAUGCUCUGAGACCAGGUUGCUGACCCUGGUAGACAAAACAUGUAUAGCCUAUAUUCCUAUAAAUAAAUCAAACUCAAUUACAACCAUCGCUAACCAUCUCCUCCUAUUUUUAAACUUAAUUCAAACCAAUUUAAACAAUCCAAUCGACUCCAUCUACUAAAUCCCAUUGAUUUACUAGACAUGCAAUUUACAGUUUUUCUCGAUUGCUAAGACACAUUUCUUGAAAGCUGCGCUCCUUUUCUCUUAACUGUGAACACAAAACCCAAUUUUCAAGCUACAUUCACAAAACCUCAGACUCUUCUUGCAAAACCAAACUUUCACCUCAAAACAGUUCAAUCUGUGCUCAAAACUGAACUAUGUCGUCAAAUCGUGCCCUGAGUCAAUCAAAAUUAAAAACACUACUGAACAGUCACUAAACACUACGUAGAAAAAUAGAAAACACAAUGCUCAGGACAUGAAGCUGGAGAAAUAAAUGUUUAUUGUUCACUGUAGGCUAAAUGCAUGUUGCAAAACAAAAAAAAACUGUGCAUUUAGCACUUGUACAAAAAGACAAAACAGAAAUCUUGUGCAUUUACAUGUAGCACUUGUAAAAACAAACAGAAAUCUUAUGCGUUUGCCACUUGUGUACAGUAAGCCCAUGUAAAAAUAAAGUACAAAAAUAUACAAAUAAGUGCAUUACUCAGCCACAGCAUCAUGUCUCCGUACUGGGUCAGGCCACAGGACUUCAUCCACAUCACAGGCCACAUUUUGUCUGGCCAGGCAACGGGGGAAAAAAACCCCUGGCAUGCCGUAUCCAGGCUUGGCAUGCCUCCACACCUAUGUCACCACAGGCAAGUCCCAUGGCUUGCAGGAGAUUUACCCUGGUGUAAGGUUGGCGUUCAUAUACCUUCCACCGCCAUGAGGAGAAUAAUUCCUCAAUGGGGUUUAGGAAAGGGGAGUACGGUGGAAGGCAAAGAUUGAUAAAACCUUGGUUCAUAUUGUACCACUCUCUAACCUGGAGGGCUCUGUGAAAACUCACAUUGUCCCAAACAACAACAUAGAUGGGAUGCUCAUCCUGCUGCCCUAACAAAGCAUCUCGCAUGUGAUUGAGGAAAAUGAGGAGCUGGUGAGUGUUGUAGGGCCCCAGGUUGGCAUGAUGGUGGACAACCCCAUGAUUGCUGAUGGCAGCACAUAAUGUGACAUUGCCACCACGCUGCCCAGGAACACCAACAAUGGCCCGAUGGCCAAUCACAUUACGGCCUCUCCUUCUCCUUUUGGUGAGAUUAAACCCAGCUUCAUCCAUGUAUAUGUAUUGAUGGGGUCUUUCCAUUGCAUCCAGUUGAAAAACCCUCUGUAGAAAUAGAUAUAGUUUUGUAAGUGAUACGGAAAAAGUGAUUUAGGCCACUACAGUAAAUCACUACUUAGAGUAAUCAACAUUGAAUGUGUCUGGAUAUAUGCCAACCUGUACAUACUGGAAUCUUUGCUCUUUGACUCUGUCUGAGUUGCGAUCAAAGGGCACUCUGUAUAGCUGUUUCAUGCGCAGUCUGUUGCGCUUGAGGACACGAUCAACAGUAGAGAGGCUGACACUGUUGAUACCCUCAAAAUUUAAAUGGUCCUCAAUGAUCUUCUGCUGAAUUUCGCUCAGUUUAAUGGCAUUGUUCUCACGGACCAUAUCAACAAUUAGGGUCUCUUGGUGUGGGGAGAACAUACCUGUCCUCCCACCCCCAUGUGGCAGUCUUUCAAUUCUACAAAAAGAGAACAUGGAGUUACAAAAAAUAUACAUGGAAUACUAGGCCUACAAACAGUUAGACCAACCCUCCAUUACAAUACUACAGUACAUAGGUACAGUGAUGUACUGAAACAUAUAUUUACUUACAGUAUACUGUGGUACAGUAUAUAGUAUGUCAUGAAGUAAUUGCUGUCAACAUUUACAUACUGUACUAUAAUGUCAAAAAAAGGUAAUUACCUGUUCUCUUCUCUAAAUAUUCGGAUUAUGGUGGACACAGUGAAUCUACUGAUGUUUGGUUGUACCCUUUGUCCAGCCUCCCUCAUGCUCAUACCAUGGACAAGAACAUGGUCAAUCACAGUAGCUCUGAUUUCAUCAGAUAUUACUGUUCUUUGUCUUCGCUGACCACCUCGACCACCUCGACCUCCUCUCACACGAACUCUUCCUCUCAGAUUUCUAUCCAUUGUAGGGCCUCACAAACCAGUGCUCUCUGAACUGGCUUACUGUAUAUGUUCCCUCACAUCAUUAGCCACAAGUGUGAUCAAUUUUGAGUUGUUGUGUUCAAGUGGUGACACCUGUGCUCUAAUUGUGUUUGACUUUUGUCACCUGUGCUCACCAUUAUGCAGCACGGGUGCAUCACAAUGAAAAUGUGUUAGCAAGUUAUGUCUAAACAGGUGAAAAGUGCUUAUGGUUUUGCCAAAAGAGUGAUUGAUUCAAUCAGUGGGUUCAGGCAACUGAGCAUUUGGUUCAGACAAUAGGGUUUAGUGUUUUAGCAAUUGAGAAAAACUGUAAUGUGCAGGUGAACCUUCUGGAAUUGGUGGUGGUGAGAGGUCAAAUGGCCAGCAAAUGGCUGGUAGAAAGAUAUCCUUGAUUAUGAGUACAUAUUCUUUAUCUGACAUUGCCUCAAAGGUCAGACCAGGUACUUUAGAAAAAGCCUUUCCAGAGCCUCUCUGAAGUUUUGUUGUUGGCUAUCUGUAGAAUAAGCUCUUUGGCUGCGAUGUUCAGCGCUAUCCCGACCAUCUGCUUUGGCUUUCAGGUGAAUCGGCUUCACUCAUGUCUGGUUUUCAAAGUGGUUACUAAUGAUGUUAGAUUAUUUUCUUUAUGAAGCCAAUGGUCUGGCAUUUACCCAAAAUUCUGGUCAAUUGAGGAGCUGUCUGAAAAGCCCAUCACAGUCCAACUGAGCCUCAGGCUAUCCUGCACUUUAAAAUGGCCAAGGAGAGCUGGUUCUCUGUUCAAUAUUUGAACUUGGGAAAGAUUGGAGGAAAAAUAACACUUAUUUUCAGAGGUUGUUUUUUGUAAUGGGAACACAGGAGGAUGAUCAGAAAUGCAAUAAAAGGGCAGUGGGAGAGAGGCCUAGCGUUGUACGAACGAACCACCCUGAUCUCUCAAGCUUACAUUCUGUUUUGCUAUCCAUGUAGCGAAACAGACUGUAAGCUUGCGAGAUCACGAUGGUUCAUACGAGGCUAAGAGAGGCCCACAAAGCCCAGCUAGCUGAGCCCCAGCACCCCCAGGCUGAUUGAUUACUUAGUUGGAGAAGAAAGAGGAAUGAUGGAGAUCCUGAAGGAAGGUGCGAUGGAGGAAUGUUGGAGGAAUAUAUUGAGGAAACCUGGGAGAACUUUGCUUUUGUAAUGUAUACUGUUGAAUUGGAAGCUUGUCUCAACUCAUGACAAAGGCUCUGACGUUCUAUGACUUGGAGCAUUAAGCGCUGUGGAGCCCCAUACUAUUGAUAGCUUCUCUGGCUCUUACAUUGAGACUAACUGGACACCAGAAUGUUUCAAAGGAUGUAUCCAUGUUUAUCUGUGAUUUGCAUUCUGAGCCUGCCAUGUUCUGUUCUGUAUCAUUCUGUGCUCCAGUGUCACAAGGCCUGUAUAACCAUCUACAGCAGCAUGCAGAACAAAAGCCUGUCCCACUGGGUGUUCAUCUCUGUGGUGACCAUAUUCUUCUGCCUUAUCAUUUACUCCCUAACUGGUGAGACUCAUCCUUUCAAUACUCCAUCUGAUAGCACCAAGUGAUUGUAGUGAACACAGUGACUAUACUACUGUACACUCUUAGAAAAAAGGGUACCAAAAAGGUACUUUGGCUGUCCCCAUAGUAGAACCCCCUGUGGAAAGGUUUCUACCUGGAACCAAAAGGGUUCUACCUGGAACCAAAAAGGGUUCUUUAAAGGGUUUUCCUAUAGAUCGUCGUGGCCGUGCCUGCCUGUGGGGAAAACAACCUGUGGUUACCUACAGUUGAAGUCGGAAGUUUACAUACACUUAGGUUGGAGUCAUUAAAACUCGUUUUUCAACCACUCCACAAAUUUCAUUUUAACAAACUAUAGUUUUGGCAAGUCGGUUAAGACAUCUACUUUGUGCAUGACACAAGAUAUUUUUCCAACAAUUGACAGAUUGUUAUAAUUCGCUGUAUCACAAUUCCAGUAGGUCAGAAGUUUACAUACACUAAGUUGACUGUGCCUCUAAACAGCUUGGAAAAUUCCAGAAAAUGUUGUCAUGGCUUUAGAAGCUUCUGAUAGGCUAAUUGACAUCAUUUGAGGCAAUUGGAGGUGUACCUGUGGAUGUAUUUCAAGGCCUACCUUCAAACUCAGUGCCUCUUUGCUUGACAUCAUGGGAAAAUCAAAAGAAAUCAACCAAGACCUCAGAAAAAUAAUUGUAGACCUCCACAAGUCUGGUUCAUCCUUGGGAGCAAUUUCCAAAUGCCUGAAAGUACCACGUUCAUCUGUACAAACAAUGGUACGCAAGUAUAAACACCAUGGGACCACGCAGCCAUCAUACCGCUCAGGAAGGAGACGCGUUCUGUCUCCUAGAGAUGAACGUACUUUGUGCAAAUCAAUCCCAGAACAACAGCAAAGGACCUUGUGUAGAUGCUGGAGGAAACAGGUACAAAAGUAUCUAUAUCCACAGUAAAACGAGUCCUAUAUCAACAUAACCUGAAAGGCCGCUCAGCAAGGAAGAAGCCACUGCUCCAAAACCGCCUUAAAAAAGCCAGACUACGGUUUGCAACUGCACAUGGGGACAAAGAUCGUACUUUUUGGAGAAAUGUCCUCUAGUCUGAUGAAACAAAAAUGUCCAAAUGGACAAUGACCCCAAGCAUACUUCCAAAGUUGUGGCAAAAUGGCUUAAGGGCAACAAAGUCAAUGUAUUGGAGUGGCCAUCACAAAGCCCUGACCUCAAUCCUAUAGAACAUUUGUGGGCAGAACUGAAAAAGCGUGUGCGAGCAAGGAGGCCUACAAACCUGACUCAGUUACACCAGCUCUGUCAGGAGGAAUGGGCGAAAAAUUCACCCAACUUAUUGUGGGAAGCAUAUGGAAGGCUACCCGAAACGUUUGACCCAAGUUAAACAAUUUAAAGGCAAUGCUACCAAAUACUAAUUGAGUGUAUGUAAACUUCUGACCCACUGGGAAUGUGAUGAAAUAAAUAAAAGCGUAGGAAAACCUGCAAAAUCGGCAGUGUAUCAAAUACUUGUUCUCCCCACUGUAGUUAGAUGUGUUAAGUGAAUUCCAUCUGUUCUCUACAGUUGAGAAAUAAGUACUUGAUUUGAAUUCUACUUGAGUAAAGUAUAGCAGCUUUUCCAGCAUGUUUUUUAUUUUUGUAUAAAAUAAAUUCAACAUCAAAGUUGGCUCUUUUACACAGGGGGUCAAUGGGAAAUAAUCUUUGUUUUCCCCAAUUUGUGUGCGUGGUCGAGGAGAAUUCCUUAUUAUUACGUGAACCCUUUUAGGUUCUAGAAAGCACUUUUUUUGUCUAAAAGUGUAUGCAAAGUUGGUGUCUGAAUGUAUUUCCCCUCCCUUUCUGGUUCAGGUGUUUAUGGAUACCUGACAUUUGGCAAGGAUGUUGCAGCAGAUAUUCUGAUGUCAUACACAGGGGACGAUGUCCUCAUGAUCAUUGCAAGACUGCUCUUUGGGAUCUCUAUCAUCACCAUCUACCCCAUCAUCCUCCUGCUUGGAAGGUAACAUCAUGGCAUCAUGGCUGGAGAGCAUUGAAUAAUUGGCAUUCAAUAGACAUAGCAUUCAUUAGCCAUUCAAUCAGAGCAUAUGAGCCGAAAUAAAUAACUUGUUAGUAAAUUUGCCUGUUUGGCCCAGUGAGUCUCAUUGCACAGUUUCUCUGACUUCCUGCACACAGGUCAGUGAUUCAGGACCCACUGCUGAGUUUCCGUUGGUGCUUCCACGUGGUGACGGAGUCGUAUGAGAACCGUAGCCACGUGGGGCUGACUAGAGCCUGGAUCACCGUCACCCUCAUUGCCAUGUUCAUCCCAGACAUCAGCAAGGUUAUCAGUGUCAUCGGGGGAAUAAGUGCAUUUUCCAUCUUCAUUUUCCCAGGUGGGCAUAUUCUCCCUCUUUCACACCACUCUCUCCCACAUGGUUGCAUGUCUAUGCUUGCUUGCUCUGCAUGACUACACUGUGUGCACAAUUAUUAGGCAAGUUGUAUGUUUGAGGAUUAAUUUUAUUAUUGAACAACUACAGUGCUCUCGGUCAAUCCAAAAUGUUAAUAAACCUCAAACCUGAAUAUUUAAGAAAGUAAAAGUGAGGUUUUGGCUUUCUUUGGAGAAUAUCUAUGUGUGCACAAUUAUUGGGCAACUAUUAGUGUGCAGAAUUAUUAUGCAACUAAAUGAAAAACUAAACUUUUUAUUUUCAUCUGUUAAAGUGAGAAUAAUAAACAAACAAACAACUCAACAUUUACAAAUAAACAUUUGACAUAAAAUAAAAUAAAUCAGUGACCAACAUAGCCACCCUUCUUUUCAAUAACAGUCAUAAGCCUUCCAUCCAUGGAGUCUGUCAGUUUCUUGAUCUGUUGACGAUCAACUUUUUGUGCAGCAGCAACCACAGCCUCCCAGAUACUGGUCAGAGAGGUGUACUGUUUUCCUUCACCGUAAAUCGGCCGUUUAAGAAGGGAACACAAGUUCUCAAUAGGGUUUAGGUCAGGUGAGGAAGGGGGCCAAGUCAUUAUUCUUUCAUCUUUAUGGCCUUUACUGGCUAGCCAUGCAGUGGAGUACUUCGAUGCAUUCGAUGGAGCAUUGUCCUGCAUUGAAAGAUGCAGACUUUUUCCUGUACCACUGCUUGAAGAAAGUGUCUUCUAAAAACUGGCAGUAGGUUUGGGAGUUGAGUUUGAGUCCAUCUUCAACCUGGAAAGGUCCAACUAGCUCAUCUUUAAUAAUACCGGCCAAUCCCAGUACCCCACCUCCACCUUGCUGGCGUCUGAGUCGAAGUGGAGCUCCGUGCCUGUUACUGAUCCAGUCACGGGCCCAUCCAUCUGGUCCUCCAAGAGUCACUCUCAUCUCAUCAGUCCAUAAAACCUUUGAAAAAUCUGUCUUCAGAUAUUUCUUGACCCAGUCUUUAUGUUUCAACUUAUGUGUUUUUGUCAUUUAGCAGACGCUCUUAUCCAGAGCGACUUACAGUUAGUGAGUGCAUACAUUUAUUUUAAUUUUUUUAUAGGUUGCAGUUCUGGAAUAUGACAGCACUGGAGGAUAAUGGGUUCCUGGUAGCUUCACGCUAAUUUGCAUCUUUUUUUCUCAACACGGUUCUUGCGACCCUGUUGACUAUUUGCAACAAAAUGUUUGAUGGUUCUGUGAUCACGUCCCAAUAUCUUAGCAAUUUCAAGAGUGCUGCAUCCCUCUGAAAUACUUUUUACAAUUUUUGACUUUUCAGAGUCAGUUAAAUCUAUUUUUUGGCCCAUUUUGCCUGAGGAAAAGAAGCUGCCUAAUAAUUAUACACCCAUUGAUAUAGGGUGUUGAUCUCCUUAGGCCACACCCUCCCUCAUGACACAAAUACACAUCACCUGAUAUGCUUAAAUCCAAUAAGCAUUCCAGUUUAUACAGCUUGGAGUUGGGAAAUAUGCAUAAUAAUGAUGAUAUGGUCAAAAUACUGACUUGCCUAAUAAUUGUGCACACAGUGUAUGUCUAGUAUUUGCCAUGCAGUCAGAGACAGUAUCUUUAAAAACAAGGUCAGUUUAAACCAAUCAUGGUCACUCAUUCAAACCCUUAAAAAAUUAUAAUCAAUUUCUCUCCUUUAUUUUCUCACUAAACCCUGCCCCAUUCCCUCUCAGAGUGGUCCUAACAACAUGGGGGAUUAUCACUCUGAUCUGUGGAGCUUUCAUUUUUGGACAGAGCACCACAAUUGCCAUCAUGCAGCUCCUCACUAAGAUCUAA